GCAGAGGUCUUAUUAGCAAUGGAGUAUCUCCACAUGCUGGGAAUCAUCUACCGCGAUCUCAAGCCCGAGAAUGUAUUGGUGAGAGAUGAUGGUCACAUAAUGCUCUCCGACUUCGACCUUUCCCUCCGUUGUGCUGUUAGCCCAACUCUCGUCAAAGGCACGCCUCUCGAGGGAGCCGACCCACUACGAAAGAACACAGUCUACUGUGUCCAGCCAGCCUGCAUUCAACCACCAGCCUGCAUCCAACCAUCCUGCGUGGGGCCUACGACAUGCUUCUCGCCUCGUCUCUUCUCCAGCAAGUCAAAAAAGGAGAGGAAACCGAAAAACGAUCUUGGAAACCAGGUCAGCCCUUUACCUGAAUUGAUUGCUGAGCCUACCGAGGCCAGAUCAAUGUCAUUCGUCGGGACCCACGAGUAUUUAGCUCCCGAGAUCAUCAAGGGAGAAGGCCAUGGAAGUGCUGUUGACUGGUGGACUUUUGGUAUCUUUCUCUACGAGCUCCUAUUUGGUAAGACACCAUUCAAGGGGUCUGGAAACCGAGCUACAUUGUUCAAUGUGGUGGGUCAGCCUCUCCGGUUUCCUGAAGCGCCAGUGGUCAGCUUUGCAGCGAGGGAUCUCAUAAGGGGACUGCUGGUGAAGGAGCCACAGCAUAGGUUGGCGUAUAAGAGAGGUGCUACUGAGAUAAAGCAGCAUCCUUUCUUCGAAGGGGUGAACUGGGCAUUGAUACGAUGUGCCACACCGCCUGAGAUACCAAAGCCGGUUGAGUUGGAACGGAUUCCUGGGCCGCCACCAGUGGCAGGCUCCACCAGCGAAAAGGCAGCGAGGACAGCAACAGCAGGAGGCAGUGGUCAGAAGGGUGCUGGUGAUAACUAUCUGGAGUUUGACUUCUUCUGAAAGGGUUCUACUACUUGUAUGGUUAUUGGUUAAUGAUAUGAUGAUGUUGAUUGUAAGGUGGAAAGAUUCUUUCUUUUUUUAUGGGUAGGGGGAAGAAUUUUUGUUGUUAUGAACAUUUGUCAGUAAUUGAGACUGUAAUUGUUUUUUGAUCGUCUUGUUUCGCCUGACCUGUUCUGUCUCUCUCUCUCUCUCUCGUCCUUGCAUAUGUUUUUGUUCCUGAAUAACAGUUGAUGAUAAGGAAAGAUGUAUGGCUGCUUUGAUGCUGUUGUUGGGCUCUGCAAUUCUGAAUUAAUUCCAAUUCCAAGU